AUGGACACCAAGCCUGAGCCGGAGGCAGAGGAGAGACCGACAAAGCGCAUCAAGUUGGAAGUCUGCAAGACUGAAGACAUCACCAAAUUGGCCAAAUCGAGUCGCUGGUUUUCAUUCAACAUCACCAGCACUGACUACUUGAUCAUGGAGCGCAAAACCUUGCCCCAGCACUUACAAGCGCUUGAGAACUGUGACGUUCCUGUGACUUUGCAAAGCCUCAUCAACGACAUGGAGGAUUUGGGCGAGGUGAAACUCGAGCUCAGUCAUCAUGAGCGUGACGCAGAUGGAGCUUGGAAGUGUGUAAAACCCUUGGUUUUCGUCCUCGACGAGUUGGUGGAUGACCAGCCGGAACCGGUUCCGACAGAUGGUAAGAAGGAGAAGAAGAGGAAGAAAGGAACGACCAUUACCGGCAAGAACUUCGGUGCCUUCACCUCCAUCUCCGCUCUCAAAAACGCGACCAAUGUGUUCCUGGCAUGGUUGGAUACCUCAAAUACCAAGGGUGGCAAGGUCAUCAUGCCGAUUCGCCCUGUGAUCUGCUUGAAGCACCAAAUGGAGGUGAACAACGAGACUGUUUGCCUUGUUUGA